AUGUGGAGCUGGUCUCAAGAACAUGCACUUGGCCAAGUUCUUCUCUAUCACAUGGAAUCCUACAAGGAGCUCACUUGCGAGUUCUUAGCUUCAAUGAGGUACCACAUGUACGAUGAGGAAGAUAGAGCUGAUUUGGACCAAGGAUUGGGAUGGAUCACGUUCUUGGCUAAGGGAGAGAAGAGAAUGGUGACCUUUAGGCAGCUGGAAAUCUUGUUUGGGUUCAACUAUGGAGAGGGUAAGUGGAACUUCAAGGAAAAGGAACUCCAAAGGGUUUGGGCUACAAUCGCUGAUGGAGUGUACUCUUCCUCAAGGUCCAAGGCAGCUCAGAUCAGGAGCCCAGUCUUGAGGUAUGUGCACAAGGCACUUGCCAACACCUUCUUUGCAAGGAAGGCAACCGGGACCAUCAACGAGGGGGAACUCAAGUUUCUUGACAUGGGAAUCAAGCCCAUUCUCUCACGCACAAGCGAUGGCAAGAGGAUCAGGGGAGAUAGAUCUGACACAGGAAACUUGAUGCCUUUCCUUGACCACCUCCCACCUACAAGAUCACAGCCUACAACACUAGAUAUCAACAAGGGAAGCGCCUAA